UCAAGGUUUGAUUUCAAAGUAACCAAUCCUUCUCACAAAUACCUCUCUCAUCUCCCCCUUUCAAAUACUGUCAACUUUCUUUCAUUACAUCAAGAAUUCUUUGCCAUCUUCUUCUUAUUCUUUUUCUUCUCAAUUAUUUUGUUGGGAAGAAAAAGACUUCAUUUUUGCAUCAUCUAAGGCAUCAAGAAGUGCCAAUCAUUGCAUGGCAACAAGAAGAAGAGAAGCUUUUCCUGGCAAGGAGAAGGCAACACCUUCUCCACAAACAGGAACAGCAAAGCUUAGAGGAGCUGUAAAUCAAAUUUCCAAACCAAAAGUUUCAACUGCACCACAAAAACAGACUAGGCCAGCAGUGUCGAGAACCACCCCGGUUGCCGAUGUUUCUAAGCCUCAGACCAGGAAACCAGCCUCCCCAGCCACUGCAACCAAGCCUGCACAAACCAGAACAAGAUCCUUGGACAACAAGACAGCGACUCCCACACAGAAAACGCGUGUCUUAGCUGCUGCUGCUGCUACUCCUGCUGCUGCUACCCGUCGUGCCUCCUCGCUCCCAGUCAAGGCCGCUGUUGCUGCCCCUAAACCGGCUCCUGCUAAGAAAUGGAAACCAGUGGAAAAGGAAGAAGGGAAACGUCGCCUCUCCUCCACGUCUGUAGGCAGUGGGAGGAGGAGCAGCAUCGGCUUGAAGAAGGAGAGUGGACGUAGUGCUCCAGCAGCAAAGGAACAACAACAUGUCACUGGCUUUAACCUUGACAAAAAUGAAAAUCUAAGCAUGUAUUGUGUUACUGAACCUGAAAUGCAGCUGCAAGAUAUAGAAUAUUCUUACCUUGCUGAAGCUGAGGAGAAGACGGUGCAGAGCUUGAGCGACUUUGAAAAGGGCAUUGAUGAUUUAGUAAGAGAAGAUCAAGAGCCGUUGAGCUUUGCCAAGAUUGAAGAUCCAGCGGUGGUGAUUGCAGGAUCUUCUGCAGUCUCGGGACAGCAGGAGUCACCUGUCGAUAUCAAGACACAAGAGUUGGAGAGCAGCAGCAAGCAGGGGGUAGAACAUGAUAUGAAUGAAACAAAUAGCUGCGAUAAAGUUGAAAAAACUGCAAACAAUUCUCAUGAGGAGGCUAGAGAAAAAGAUGUCAAAGUGGUGGAAGUAGCAACAGAGGAACAAGCAGCAGUUGUAAAGGAAAUCGAACCAGCAGUGGAUAAGAAGCAAGAAAACUCAGUUGCUCAGAGACAACAAGAGAAAACACAUGGGAAGUAUGACUCACCAGUUUCCAACGAUGUAAUCGAGGAGACUGCAAGCAAGCUUCGCGAGAUGAGGAAAAACAAAGUGAGGGCUCUUGCUGGAGCAUUUGAGUCCGUCAUCUUGUUGCAGGAGAAAUGACAAACCACUCAAGGAUGAUUUUCAUAGGAAAUCCAGGUAUAUACUAAUGCAAGUGGAACAUAUUGUUUUUUAUGCUGACUUUUUCUUUUUCAUUUGAUCUUCUAUAGUUAUUUGUAUAAUCAAACACCAACUACAACUAUACAAGGUGAUGAUCCUUUAUAAUUAGUUGAUAAAAUAUAUCAUUUAGUUCA